AUGAGCAACCGUUCCCUACCCACACUGGAGGAGCUGGCCAGGCAGGCGCUGCUGAGAAAUGAGGCCUUGGCCAUCUCUGCUCUGGAGGACCUGCCCUGGAUGCUCUUCCCAGCACUGUUCAAGGAGGCCGUCCAUGGCAGAUUAAAUAGACUUGUGAAGGCAAUGGUGGCAGCCUGGCCUUUCCCCUGCCUCCCUGUGGGGGCGUUGAUGAACACCUUCAACCUGGAGAUGGUCCAGGAGAUGCUGGAUGGACUGGAUGUCCUACUUACACAGAAUAUUCACCCCAGGAGGGGGAAACUUCGAGAAAUCGAUUUUCGGAGAGUGCACCACAGAUUCUGGACUGUAUGGGCUGGAGCAGAGGAUCGGGACUGCUCAGCAGAGACUGUGAGUGAGAAGCAGGAGGUGAAGCCCCCUCUCAGAUAUGAGCUGACCCAGCCUCUGCAGGUGAUAACUGACCUUUACUUCCGGUUCCAACUGGAUGAAGCAGAAACAAACUUCUUAGAGUGGGCCCAGCAGAGAGGAGACUCCCUACAGUUCUGCUGUGUGAACAUGAAGAUUGAGUCCUUGUCCCUAGAUAAUGUCGGCACGAUUCUGACAGUUUUCCAGCCUGAUCACAUCCAGGUGUUGGAACUCCGCAUAGAUUGGAGCUGGCCCACUCUGGCACAGUUUUCUCCCUACCUCGCUCACAUGAGAAAUCUUCACACGCUUUCUCUAGUGCAAAUUCCCACGGACAGAUUGGGGCUUGACGAUCUACCAGGCUCAGAGGAAAAGGAGCCUGUCAGGCAUUUUCUUUCUCAGUUCUCCACACUCAGCAGUCUCCAGCAUCUCUCUUUGAAUGGCCUCUCUCUUGCCAGUAGGCACAUGAAACUCCUGCUCAGGAACCUGAAGACGCCCUUGGAAUCCUUCUCUGUCACUCACUGCCGGCUUUUCCAGUCACACUUGAAACACCUGUCCCGGUGUGAGCGGCUCCAUCAACUAAAACACCUGGACAUGUGUGGCGUUCCUCUGUCCCGUUUGCGGAUGAAGCCUCUCAGAGUUCUCCUAGAGAAAGUGGCGAACACCCUUGAGACUCUGGGAUUUCAGGGGUGUGGGAUAAAGGACUCCCAACUCAGUGUUCUCCUACCUGCCCUCAGCCAAUGCUCGCAGCUCACUAAGGUCAAUUUUUAUUUUAAUGACUUCUCUGUGAAUGUCUUGAGUGACCUUCUCCGCCACACAGCCAACUUUACCAAGAUGGCCACGGAGCAGUACCCUAUCCCUCUGGAGUGCUUUGAUGAGUUUGGUUACCUCUCCAGAGAGUUAGUUGUCCAACUUUGCCUUGGGCUCGUGGAUACACUCAGGGCCAUAAGGGAGCCCAAGGACAUCUCCUUCGCCACAGUUCUCUGCCACGGUUGUUUGAAGGGCCAUGUGUCUGACCUGGAGGCCAGAGUUUGUCCCUGCUUGCAGUAA